AUGUUUGAUAUACUCAGUGAGUAUGUCAUUGGGGACCAGGAGCUGGAGGAGUUCUGGCCCUUCAACGCUCUCCUGACUGAGCUGACUCGCAGGCUGACCUACUGUGUCCAGGCCGAGCUCAUCCCUUUCAUGGAGGUAGCGGGAGUCAUGGAGGGAAGAGCCAAGCAACUGUACAACGCCGGAUAUAAGACACUGGCUGACCUGGCCAACGCUGACCCAAACGUUCUUGUCAAGACUUUGGAGAACCUCUUCAAGAAACAAGCCAAUCAGAUUGUUGCUUCUGCAAAAAUGCUGUUGAAUGAGAAAGCUGAUGCACUUCAGGAGGAGGUGGAUGACUUGUUAAUGAUGCCUCUUGAUCUCUCCUAUUUGUAAAUAUGUUGCUGGGGUGGAUUUAUUUUGUAAACAUUACUUUUAUUUGGCCUUGUGUGUUAAUAUUGUUUGGUGUAACAUAUUGUUUAUCAGAGUGUAUUAAAACAUAAUGUGUUUUACCUGUC